AUGCGAGCCUGGAACGUCAUCCUCGUCGCCACAGGCGCAACAGCCCAAAGCGUCAGCUAUAUAUACACUGCAACGUUCACAGAGACGGCAUUGGAAUUUGUCACCUUCACGACAUGUCCCUGCCCCACAAGUACACCAGGCUUGUCUAGCUUUCUGACGACCACGACUCCACCUCCAAUCACGACGACAUCAUAUACCGGCGGCCCCUUACUUCCCUCGGACACUGUCGCUCCGUCUCCACCCAUCCCGACAUUUACCACCUCUCCGGCGGGAAUACCGAGCGUCUCAAUUUCUCCCUCCUCGACGACCAGCUCCUCGGGGAUCCCAGUGGUGACCAACGACGCGUACAUUGCCACAAUCCUACGCCACCACAACAUCCACCGCUCAAACCACUCCGCGGACCCCAUGGUCUGGAACACCAAUAUGGCGGAUAUUGCGCGCGAGAUUGCCGAGACCUGCGUCUACGGACACGUCACCUCCGUCGGCGGCGGUGGCUACGGCCAGAACAUCGGCGCCGGAUACCCGCCCACACCGCUGGGGAUGGGCAACUUCAUCACCGAGGGCCUCUACAACGACGAGGUCAACAACUACGUCUACUAUGGCACGGAGCCCGAUGUGACCACGCUCAACCAGUGGGGCCACUUCAGCCAGAUCGUGUGGAAGGGCAGCUUGAGCGUGGGCUGCUACACCGCCGACUGCUCGAGCGGAGGCUUGACGAACGCGGGCCCGCCCAUCCCGCCCUACUUUACCGUCUGUAACUACUCGCCGGCCGGUAAGUCCACUUCUUUCAUCUCUCACAAUACAUACUACCUGAAUCGAGCGGGCCACGUGUGGACAAAACAGUGUGGCUAA